AUGGCCCUGUCGAUCGCCACGCUGACCAUCUCGUUCACGCUGGUGCUGCUGACCUCGGCAUCGCCAGUGAGUCGUUCCUGCGGACCACAACCCGGCAAAAGGGAUAUGAUGUCCAUGCUGACACCGGCUGCGGACAUGUUCAUCGAAUGCUACCGAAACUACGACAAAUAUGGAAUACCUUCUAAGUAUUUAACAAUUGUCCUCCCUUCCCUUUGUGAGAACUACGAUGCGUGCGCUUCGUCCGUUCCCAAAGGAACGCCUGAACGCUCCAAUCUGAUUAUCGACUGCCUUCUGGAAAAGGUCAAGUCAGCCUUGAGCGAGGUGCCCGACCUUCCAGGAGAACCGGAACUUAUUGCAGAUAAACUCUUUGGUUGCAGCCUGAAGAGACCCACCGUCCCAGUUGAAAACAAGAAAAGUUUCUUCAUAUGCGUGCACUGGUACCACGUCGCCAUUUCUAUUGACUAG